CAACACUUGGCGUACGGGAGAAAGAAGCCGAGGAGCGCAGAGCCCGUCCGUCCGUCACCGCGCACUGCGAGAAAAUUAUGAACCCGAGGAGAGCGGCUCCUGCGCCCCGACACCUCCAACUCCUGCAGCGGCACUAAUCCACUCUGAGAGCCCUGAUCGUUCCGCUCCGAGCCGAACCGUUCUCCUGUUUCUCCCCGUUUUCUGUCUUUUUUCUGCGCUGGAUCUUUCGUGUAAGAAAAUGUGCGUGGAGAGCGAUGGAUGCGAGAUUGAAGGCUGCAGCAGUUCGGACGAGGUGCGCACACUGUCAGGCAGCAUGAGCCCCGGACUCAAACCCAGCCAGGACCUCCACCCCUGCAAACCGGGACACAAAUUAAGCGCCGCGCUGCUCCGGUGCCGCUCACCGGCCGCCGCCGCCGGGAUCCUCACUUUUGGAAACGUCCUCAAUUACAUGGACAGAUACACUGUAGUCGGUGUUGUGCAGGACAUCCAGAGGCAUUAUGGAGUCAAAGACAGUGGCAUCGGCUUGUUGCAAACAGUCUUCAUCUGCAGCUUCAUGGUGGCAGCUCCCAUCUUCGGUUACCUUGGCGACCGCUUCAACAGAAAGGUCAUCCUGAGCUGCGGCAUUUUCUUCUGGUCCAUUGUUACUCUGUCGAGCUCCUUCAUCAGCAGAGAGUACUACUGGCUGUUCGUUCUCUCCAGAGGCCUGGUGGGCAUCGGUGAGUCCAGCUACUCGUCCAUCUCCCCCACCAUCAUCGGCGACCUGUUCACCAAUAACAGCCGGACCAUGAUGCUCUCUGUCUUCUACCUGGCCAUCCCUUUGGGAAGCGGACUGGGGUACAUCCUGGGCUCCAGCGCUAAAGUGGCAGCAGGAGACUGGCACUGGGCGCUGAGGGUGUCCCCCGUUCUGGGUCUGACCGCAGGAAGUCUCAUCCUGCUGUUUGUGCCCGAACCGAAGAGAGGCAGCGCCGACCAGAUGGGAGGACGCAUCAAGACCAGGACCUCUUGGUUCUGUGACAUGAAGGCACUGGCAAAGAAUCGCAGCUACAUGUUCUCCUCGCUGGCGUCCGCCGCCGUGUCCUUCGCCACCGGGGCCUUCGGGAUCUGGAUCCCGUCGUACCUGACCAGGGCCCAGGAGGUCCAGAAGAUCGAGGUGUGCCCCAAGUCCGAGAUCUGCAGCAGCACCGACAGUCUGAUCUUCGGGGCCAUCACCUGCGUCACGGGCCUUCUGGGCGUGCUCAUCGGCGCCGCCACCACGCGCCUGUGUCGUCAGAAGACCAAGCGGGCCGACCCGUUGGUGUGCGCCGUCAGCAUGCUGGGCUCGGCCAUCUUCAUCUGCCUCAUCUUCGUGGUGGCCAAGAAGAGCAUCAUCGGAGCUUAUGUUUGCAUCUUCAUCGGAGAAACGCUGCUGUUCCUCAACUGGGCCAUCACUGCUGACAUCUUAAUGUUCGUGGUCAUCCCCACUCGCAGAGCGACGGCCGUGGCCUUCCAGAGCUUCACUUCUCACCUUCUGGGAGACGCUGGAAGUCCAUACCUGAUCGGCCUGAUCUCCGACGGCCUUCAGCAGAGCUACGCUACGUCAACGCUGUGGAAGUUCCUGAGCCUGGGUUAUGCCCUCAUGCUUUGUCCCUUCAUCAUCGUCCUGGGGGGCAUGUUUUUCCUGGCCACCGCCUUGUUUUUUCUGGAUGACAGGGAGAAAGCUGAAAAACAGUUGAACCAGCUGACCAGACCCCCCUCCUCUGUCAAGGUAUGACCAGGUGGUACAGAUAUGAGGGCGGAGCCUCCAAAAGGACGGACAACAGAAGAAAAGGCGGGGCAGUUUCUCCACCUUAUAACCCCGCCCCUGCGUGCUCGUCCUCCUGCUGCUCCUUUUUUUUUUUUUUUUUU